CAUGAUUACCUUCCUAACUUAUUCCUAAUUUAAUGGAAAAUAAGUAAUCCUAUUCCCACCUUAUUCUUUCCUUUUGUAGUACUCUUCUUUAUUUUUAGUUAUUUUUAUGCCUUGACCAAGGAGUAGUCAAUGCAUGCCAUCAAUCAAACCAACCAUGACCUAAACUAACAUCUUUAUUCUAGUCCUAGCCUUUUGUUUUUCUCCUUCCCCUCACAACAUAACGUGCACACGUGCACCACUGGGUAAAACAUGUGAGAUCAUGUGUUUACUCCUUGAAUACUAUAGGGUUGCUAUUAUUGGGGGGCUUUAUGGCAUUAUCAUUUGUUGUUCAUUAUGUUGCAGUUAAUCACUGCGGACCGUGUCAGCCCUCCAGACUCUUUGGGAUUGUGCCUAGUAUUUAAAAACUGAUAAUGCAAUUUCUGAUGCAGGGAGUCAUGUAGAGAAGAGAGAUAUAAAGGAUAACUUAACAAUGAUCCUGUGAUGGAAGUUAAAUUUGCUUGUAGGACCUUCACGCAUCAAUGGAGAGCCUUGACUACAUCACAACAGAAUAGCAGAAUGCUCAAUGUAAGAAUGUUUUCAUAUGCCCUUGGUUUAUGUAUUUGAUUCUGUAUACCCAUAUAUAGAUCAGGAUCAGGCUUCUGCUAAAUUUGUUAAUAUUACUUUUAAGCAACCCAAUAACAAAUAUUGUCUUUGGACGACAUUUCAAGUUCAUUGAACAUCGUUCCUUCUGUAAUGCGUUGUUGUGAGGAAAUUCGUUUCUCAUUAUUUCUUUGGACAAAGGAUUCUUAAUCUAUGGAAAUCACUUUCUUAGCUAGAUAGAUACCAACUUAAUCCUUCUGUAAUGUGUUGUUGCCAGUAAAUCAUUUUAUUUUCU